GGUUAAGAGAUUUAACCAGAGGACUCAGAUCAGAGUUAAAAAGCGUUCCUUUGAGAGGUGAAUCAACGAAGGAGACAACACAACACACACACACACAGAGAGCAAGCAAAAGAGGCGGCUAGGGAUCAGAGAGUGGUUCCUUCACUGAAAGUUUCUUCUUUUUCAUUCUCUUCUUCUCCUUCAGAUUCCUUGCCUCUUCUUCAAGAUUCUCCUCUCUUCCAUGUGCGUUUCUGUGCUUUUGAAGACGACGAUGAUGAUGAUGAUGUCUUUAUAUUGAAACCAAAUUCGUCUCCACGAUUGUUUCUUCUGAGUUUUGAUUUUUCAGAUCUCGCUUCUUUUCCGAUUUGUUCAAUCAUCAUGGCUUACCUGAUGUAGUAAUUGGGAUCAAAUUCAUUCACAAAGCUCGAGUUUUUAUUAUUAGUGGCUACUGUUAUCUGUGUAUAGAAGAAGCUUGUGUGUGUGGUUCUCUACGUUUCAUGAUCGGUUUAGGUAUCUGUUAUAUCCGGCUCGUGUUGGUUUCAGAUUUAGGCACUGGUCUAGAAGGUCUUUCUUCGGCUACUGCUUCUUCUGUUCACCAAAAGAAGCCUUUUUUGGUUUCUUCUUCUGUUUCAUGUCGAGGAACUUAGACAGUCCUGUUCAGACACAAAUGGCAGUGGCAGUUUUCAAGACUCCUCUUACUGGAGCUAGUAAGAUGGAAGGGAAGCAGCAUCAUAAGCAUCAGCAUUUACAGAGGCAAUCAUCGGGGAGGAGAGUUUUCGUGCAGACUGAAACUGGUUGUGUUUUGGGGAUGGAGUUGGAUCGUAGUGAUAAUGUUCAUACUGUUAAAAGGAGGCUUCAGAUUGCUCUUAAUUUCCCUACUGAAGAGAGUUCUUUGACUUAUGGUGAUAUGGUGUUGACGAAUGAUUUGAGUGCUGUGAGGAACGAUUCUCCGCUUCUGCUGAAACGGAACUUUAUGCAUCGAAGCUCGUCUACUCCUUGUCUUUCGCCUACUGGGAGGGAUUUGCAACAGAAAGAUCGAAGUGGUCCUAUUGAGAUACUAGGCCAUUCGGAUUGCUUUUCGAUUGUUAAACAUAUGGUUAAGGACAUUGUUAAGGCGAUGAAGAUGGGUGUUGAACCGCUUCCUGUUCAUAGCGGGCUUGGAGGUGCUUACUAUUUUAGGAACAAAAGGGGUGAGAGUGUUGCCAUUGUCAAGCCGACGGAUGAAGAGCCGUUUGCACCUAACAACCCUAAAGGCUUUGUUGGGAAAGCCCUUGGGCAACCUGGAUUGAAGUCUUCGGUGCGAGUUGGGGAAACGGGGUUUAGAGAAGUUGCUGCUUAUCUUCUUGAUUAUGGUCGCUUUGCUAAUGUCCCUCCAACUGCUCUUGUGAAGAUAACUCAUUCUGUAUUCAAUGUCAACGAUGGGGUGAAGGGGAACAAGCCUCGGGAGAAGAAGCUGGUUAGUAAGAUUGCUUCUUUCCAGAAGUUUGUGGCUCAUGAUUUCGAUGCAAGUGAUCAUGGUACUUCAAGCUUCCCUGUAACUUCUGUGCACCGCAUUGGUAUUUUGGACAUAAGGAUCUUCAACACAGACCGUCAUGGUGGGAAUCUUUUGGUGAAGAAGCUCGAUGGAGUUGGUAUGUUUGGUCAAGUGGAGCUUAUUCCAAUAGACCAUGGCCUCUGCCUGCCAGAAACACUUGAGGAUCCUUAUUUUGAGUGGAUUCAUUGGCCUCAGGCAUCAUUACCAUUCUCUGAUGAAGAGGUUGACUACAUACAAAGUCUUGAUCCAGUGAAAGACUGUGACAUGCUUAGAAGGGAACUUCCAAUGAUUAGAGAGGCGUGUCUUCGGGUUCUUGUUCUCUGUACUAUUUUCCUUAAAGAAGCUUCUGCAUAUGGUCUGUGUCUUGCCGAGAUUGGCGAGAUGAUGACUCGGGAAUUUCGUCCUGGAGAAGAGGAGCCAAGUGAACUGGAGGUUGUGUGUAUUGAAGCCAAGAGAUCAGUCACUGAACGAGAUGUUUUCUCUCCAAGGUCAGAUGUAGUAGGAGAAGCAGAGUUUCAGUUUGAUCUAGACUGUGAUGAUUUGGAGUCAGUCUACAGUUCUAAGAUACAACUAACCGAUGACUAUUUCACCAAAAACCCUUUUUCAAAUGGACGUUCUUCGCUCGGGAAGCUUGAAGAAAGCAUCAAGGAAGAAGAAGAAGAUGAAGAAGAAGAAGAGGACAAAACUGAAAAUACUGUCCCUAUGAUCAUUAUGAAAGACAGUUUUUUUAGUUCAGCUGCUUUUCAUGACAAGGCUCCAUCUCUUUCAAAGCUUUCCACUUCAAUGAAGAACACACAUCUUAGUGACACGACACGUAAAAACCCAAAACCCUUAACCAGAGGCAAAUCCGAGAACACAUCGUCUGGUCACAAAAGCGCAAACGAACAGCUUCCAGUGAGUGCAAGCUUUGUGAAAGUAGCAGACAUGAAAGAAGACGAGUGGGUUCUCUUCCUCGAGAGGUUCCAAGAGUUACUUGGACCGGCUUUCGCAAAACGCAAAACCGCAACGUUGAGUAAGAGACAGAGACUUGGCACUUCAUGCCAGUUUUGAGAGUCGUAUAGUAAAAAGUAAAACUCGAGAAGUUAAAAGAGACAGUAUGGAGUAAAAAACUGAAGACUUCUUCUUCAGUUCUAUGGUAGUAAAAAACUAGUAGUUACUUUUGGAAGGUUUGGCUUAUGACAAGCGACGAGGUGAAGAAAAGGGGUUUUGUUUGUUUGUUUUUUUAACUGUUUUGUAAAUAUUUCUUUUACUACUCUUUGUGAUCUUCUUUGUUUGUUUGUUUGGUUUUUUUUUUGCCCCUUUUAUCACCUUCUCUUGUUUUUUUCUUUGGUAUGUCCUUGUGGCUUGGCCUUGUCCCAUAAAUAAUAUUAGUCUUCUUUCACUUUUUGGUGUGGUCGUUCAUUGUUCAUACAAUGAAACCCAGACAUAUAUAGUGGACCGUUUGAUGUAUGAUUCAGUAUCCGCAUAAAAGUAUCACACCGAUGUUUAGAUAUGUAUGUUGCGGUUGUAUCACCUAACCGUCACACACUGCAUUUUUCACCAUUCAUAGUUUAAAUGUCCUAGUGGCUUGGCCUUGUCCC